UGAGCGGGGCCCGGCGCCGUGCCGGGCCGUCCCUCGCCGGCGGGGCCAUGGCCGCGAGCGCCAAGCGGAAGCAGGAGGAGAAGCACCUGAAGCUGCUGCGGGAGAUGAGCAGCCUCCCGCCCAACCGCAAGUGCUUCGACUGCGACCAACGGGGCCCCACCUACACCGACAUGACCGUGGGCAGCUUCGUGUGCACCUCCUGCUCCGGCAUCCUGCGGGGCUUGAAUCCACCCCACAGAGUGAAGUCGAUUUCAAUGACUACGUUCACACAACAGGAAAUAGAAUUUCUGCAGAAACAUGGAAAUGAAGUGUGCAAACAGAUUUGGCUAGGCCUGUUUGAUGAUAGAUCAUCAGCAAUUCCAGACUUCAGGGAUCCACAGAAAGUAAAGGAAUUUCUACAGGAAAAAUAUGAAAAGAAAAGAUGGUAUGUUCCUCCAGAGCAAGCAAAGGUGGUGGCAUCGGUCCAUGCAUCCAUAUCGGGCUCUUCUGCCAGUAGUACAAGCAGCACACCCGAGGUGAAGCCACUCAAAUCUCUCUUGGGAGAGGCUGCACCCACACUGCACUUAAACAAGGGCACACCUAGCCAAUCUCCUGUUGUAGUUCGAUCUCAAGGACAGCAGCAACAAGAAAAGAAACAAUUUGACCUCCUCAGUGACCUUGGCUCAGAUAUCUUUGCUGCUGCUCCUCCUCAGUCCACUGCUACAGCGAAUUUUGCUAAUUUUGCACACUUCAACAGUCAUACAGCGCAGAACUCUGCCAAUGCAGGUUUUGCAAACUUUGAUGCAUUUGGACAGUCUAGUGGCUCGAGUAAUUUUGGAGGUUUCCCCACAGCAAGUCAGUCUCCUUUUCAGCCCCAAAAUACAGCGUUCAGAACGCUUUCAUCUAGCUGCAGUUUUGGUGAAUUUACUUCAGCUUUUCCUCUCCAGGCUGUACACAGUGGAAGUGCUGGAUCAGUGAAUGCUAAUUUUGCUCACUUUGAUAACUUCCCCAAAUCCUCCAGUGCUGAUUUUGGAUCCUUCAAUGCUUCUCAGAGCAACGCCACAGCAACUGCAGCCAGUAAAGCUGCAGUGAAUAAACUGAAUCUUCAGUCAGCUGACAAAUAUGCAGCUCUUGCUAAUUUAGAUAAUAUCUUCAGUGCAGGGCAAGGUGGGAGUGAGCAGGGAAGUGGCUUCAGCACAGCAGUGUCCUCAGCAGGCCCUGCACUGUCAGCCCCCAACCAGUCAAGUGCAUCUUCAGACAAGUACGCGGCGCUGGCAGAGCUGGACAGCGUGUUCAGCUCCACGGCCACCUCCAGCAGCGCGUACACUGCCACCAGUAACGUCAGCAGCAAUGCUUUUGGAACAGUACCUGUGGCUGCUACUGCACAGACACAGCCUGCAUCUUCAAGCGUGCCUGCUCCAUUUGGAGCAACACCUUCCACAAAUCCAUUUGUAGCUGCCCCUGUUGCCCCAGUGGCACCUUCAACAAAUCCAUUCCAGACCAAUAGCCGAGGAGCAACAGGCCUCUCGGGAGCAAUGCACUCUCACAUAUUUCCUCAGGCUCAUUUUGCAGCAACAUUUGGUACUGCAUCCAUGAGCAUGCCGGCAGGGUUUGGAACUCCUGCCUCCUACAGUCUUCCUACUAGUUAUAGUGGCAACUUCCAGCAGCCCACGUACCCAGCCCAGGCAGCUUUCCCUCAACAGACUGCUUUUGCUCAACAACCAAAUGGAGCAGGUUUUGCUACAUUUGGGCAAGCAAAGCCUGUAGUAACUCCUUUUGGACAAGUUGCAGGUGUUGGAGUAUCUAGUAACCCUUUUAUGGCUGGUGCACCAACAGGACAAUUUCCAACAGGAAGCUCAUCAACCAAUCCUUUCUUAUAGCCUUAUAGACACUUUACCCAAAAGAACUCUUAUGUGGUCACAUAACAUCUCUGCGCCUCUUGCACUGUUGUCUUGUUUCACUGAUAUUAGCUUUAAACACAAAAGAAGUCUUUAAGAAGUAAAAAUAAAAGCCUGCAUUGUGUACCUUUAAAAAUUUUCAAAGAGAAAAAAAAACACCCGACACAAAAAAACAAGAAAACCAACCCCCCACCAGGUAAUAACGUGCAAAACAGAGGGCUGUGGUAACAUCCUUGAACCUGUGAAGUGGCAGGUAAAAAGUAGCGGUAUCAUGUGUAUUAAAAUUGGCUAAUAAGUUAUUGCAGAUACCACACUCAUUAUGCUGCAGUACUGUACAUAUUUUUCUUAGAAAAUAGCUAUUUGUGCAUAUCAGUAUUUGUAACUUUAACACAUUGUUAUGUGAAAAAUGUUACUGGGGAAUAGAUCAGCCACUUUAAGGUGCUGUUGUAUCUCUUGGAAUGAAUGAGCUGCAUCAUUUUAACCAUUGGUAUUGGAAGUCACAAAGUUAAAUUGAAGGUUUGUUCAUUUCUCAAAAUGUUUUUCUUUCCUAAGAGCUCUUCUAUUUAUACAUGCCUAAAUCUCUAAUGUUAGAGGGAUACCUGUCUGCAUAAUAAAGCUGAUCAUGUUUUGCUACA